CAAAACAAGCAAUCAAGUUCUUGGCGGGUGUUUGCCAAAGUAAAAGAAAUAAGGCAUAACCCAUUUCAGUUAAUUUAGAGUUCUGAGAGACCUGCUUGGUUGUCAGGAAAAUUGAAGACAUGGUUGAGCCAAGAACUCUGAUGAGAUUAUUCCUGACUCUAUGCCUAUAUGUAUCUCUAGCUACCAUUCCAUUUGCAGAGGCCAGAAUUCGACAUUACAAGUGGGAAGUGAAGUAUGAAUACAAAUCUCCAGAUUGCUACAAGAAACUGAUGAUCACCAUUAAUGGAAGGUCUCCUGGACCAACAAUCAUGGCUCAGCAAAACGAUACAAUCAUUGUUGAGCUCAAGAACAGUUUGUUGACUGAGAAUGUUGCGAUUCAUUGGCAUGGGAUUCGGCAGAUUGGUACACCUUGGUUUGAUGGAGCAGAAGGUGUUACUCAAUGUCCAAUUGUGCCUGGAGACACCUUUGUAUACAAAUAUGUUGUUGAUAGGCCUGGAACAUUUCUGUACCACGCACAUUAUGGUAUGCAAAGAGUUGCUGGGCUCUAUGGAUCGAUUCGUGUUGCGCUUCCAGAUGGAGAAUCGGAGCCAUUUUCUUACGAUUAUGAUCGGAGCGUCAUCCUCCAAGACUGGUACCACAAAAGCACAUAUGAACAAGCCACUGGCCUAUCUUCCAUACCCUUUGGUUGGGUUGGAGAGCCUCAGUCACUUCUGAUACAAGGAAGAGGAAGGUUCGAUUGCUCUACACCCGGCAUAGAAGCCGGUCUUUGUAAUGCGACGAAUCCCGAAUGCUCUCCCUAUGUUAUCACUGUAGUUCCUGGCAAAACUUACAGACUAAGGAUCAGUAGCUUGACUGGUCUAUCUGCCCUCAGUUUCGAAAUAGAGGGUCAUAAUAUGACUGUUGUGGCAACGGAUGGGCACUAUGUUGAGCCCUUUGUUGUGAAAAACCUCUUCAUUUACUCCGGUGAGACGUACUCUGUGCUAAUAAAAACCGAUCAAGACCCUUCAAGAAAUUACUGGGCUAGUUCAACAGUGGUUAGCAGGAACAGGACAACCCCAAAUGGUUUAGCCAUUUUCAAUUACUAUCCGAACCAUCCUAGGAAGUCCCCGCCCACGGUCCCACCCCCUGGCCCUGCCUGGAAUGAUUCGGCCCCUAGGGUGGCUCAAAGCCUCGCGAUCAAGGCUCGACAAGGUUACAUUUACCCUCCUCCCCAGACAUCGGACAGAGUAAUUGUCUUACUCAACACACAAAAUAAGUUCAAUGGUUAUUUCCGGUGGUCUGUCAACAAUGUCUCCUACAACCUCCCUCAUACCCCAUAUUUAAUCGCGCUUAAAGAGAAUUUAAAGCACGUUUUCGAUCAAACUCCACCUCCGACCGGUUAUGACUCUCUCAACUAUGACAUUUAUAGUCCCCCCCCAAAUCCAAAUGUUACUACUAGCAACUCCAUCUAUAGGUUGCAAUUCAAUUCAGUGGUGGAUAUUGUACUUCAAAAUGCCAACUCAUUGAGCAAUCACACUAGUGAGACACACCCUUGGCAUCUCCAUGGCCAUAAUUUUUGGGUCAUGGGUUAUGGGGUGGGUAAGUACGAUAUGGUUAAUGAUCCAAAGAAGUACAAUUUGGUUGACCCAAUAAUGAAAAACACGGUUCCCGUUCACCCAUACGGGUGGACCGCAUUGCGGUUUAGGGCCGACAACCCGGGUGUGUGGGCCUUCCAUUGCCACAUAGAGUCUCACUUCUAUAUGGGUAUGGGGGUUGUGUUUGAGGAAGGGAUAGAAAAGGUUGGGAAAUUGCCAACAUCCAUUAUGGGCUGUGGUGAUACCAAAGGCUUCCACAGACCAUAGAUACUGUGAAAGUUUCCGAAAAAAAUUUUAUUUGAAAAAAUUAUUUUUCAAAGAAACACGGACUGAUUAUACAAUCUAAAAUAUUUCAAUCUAAGCGUGUUGUUAUUAGUAUCUUACUAAGCGAUCAAAGUGUCUCGCCUCCAAAGUGAUUCACCUUGCACCCUCUUGCUUUUAUUUUUGUGUGUAUUUUUCUACACAUCUUAAAAAUUUUGAUGGCUAAUUUUUGUAUAUAUAUACACAACAUGAUAGAGUUUGUAUGUUGGUGGGAUCCUUAGGAUCUCUAUCUUUUGGUUGUGGAUAAAAUAAAAGAUGUAUCUUUUAUUUUGAA